CUUAACUGGUCUCAAUCUACUUUUAUUGUUUUAAAGUGAGGAUAAUUGCAACCGAAAGCCCUGCCUUAGCCUUUUGAUCAAGUCUAUUACUUCUCUCUGUAUGAUUCAAAUGGCAAUUUUAUUAAACUGAAAACUAGCACCCGACUUGCAGCGUCAGCGUUUGGAAGCUGCCUUUCAACAAUUCGGCCACGAAGGCAUACAGUUUCACCCCUUUGAGUUAUUGCUAAGUUCUAGCACUUUAUAAAAACUGCCUGAUAGUUUCUUGAACCUGAUGUUAUAAAAACUGCCUGAUAGUUUCUUGAACCUGAUGCUGUGUCUUUGGUUGUAUAGCUACACUAUGCACGGGGGGAAAUGUGGUGGGGACUUUGUGUCCGGAACUCAUAGUUCAGGCCCAGCAAACACCUACUAGUUAACGUCUGGGAAACAGGAUGAUUCUCCUGAGUCCCUCCCUCCUCAGCUUCUGCAGACAUGGCUCAAACAGGGAACUUGUUUCCGCGUCUUCCUGUGCCUCCGUUUCCACAAUGCAAACCGUCAUUGCAUAGGACACCCUGAGGAAUUUGCAGAAAUAAAUUUAUGUUGUAACGUGCUGGGAAGAUGAAAAUGGCUUAGAUAAGUCUGCAAAUAGACUCCCCUUUAAGAAAUCAAUUACUCAGGUUCCUUGAUUUGACUGUCUGAUAAAGUGAUGCUAGAGCCCCAUUGGAAUAAGAAUCACUGCUUUACAUUAUUGGAAAUUGAGCUUAUCUUAAGCAAAAUAAUAAUUUGGUGAUGUUGUCAAGCAGAGGUUUGUCGGGUUCUUGCUGAGUGACAUCUACUCAUUCUCUAUUUUCUUCAUCUGUGGUUUAGACAUUUAACGACACAUCUCCGGUUGAGGAGAAAUAUUUUAAGAAUAUGGGUAUGUUUUUGCAUCUCCUACUUCAUAUGGGAUCACAAGAAUCAACUUUUCAGUUUUUUGGUAUUUUUUUGUUUACUUGUAGCCCCUUCCCCUCCUCCUUAAAUGUGGUUGGGUGUGGUUAGAUUGCAUAUUCAGGUGUUGGGGUGUGUUAGUGAUGUGUUCCAUCCUAAGGUUCAAGAUUCCGUCCCCUGUUUUCCUGAAGGAAAAUAACAAACCCUCCAGAAUUCACUGGAACGGAACGAUAAAGUUAAUCAAGAGGCUAAACUUGCGUUAUUUUUGCUUUUGCUCAAUGUUGUCAAAAAGUCCUACUUAGAAGCAAAAGACUUCUUUGAAGAAUUCAUGGAGCGUUACAGGAGGCACAGAUGGAGAGUUUACAGGUUAUUCAAAGGUGAUAUUCAUUUGCUGCGUCUUCAGUCACUGCCUUAAUUUCCCUGUUACUGUUUACAGCCUUAGGUGCCCAAGCAUUAAGAGUCCAUCUGCGUCACACCACAAUCUCCAGGAUUUUAGGUGAUGGGCAGAUCAGAAAGUCAGAUGGAUAUAACUGACAUCAACACUCCAAAGCCAAAGAAGAAACAGCGAUGGACCCCCCUGGAGAUCAGUCUCUCCGUCCUAGUCCUGCUGCUCACUGUCAUAGCUGUGACCAUGAUCGCUCUCUACGCAACCUAUGAUGAUGGUAUUUGCAAGUCAUCAGACUGCAUAAAAUCAGCUGCUCGACUGAUUCAGAACAUGGAUGCCACCAUUGAGCCUUGUACAGACUUUUUCAAAUAUGCCUGUGGAGGCUGGUUGAAGCACAACGUCAUUCCCGAGACCAGUUCCCGUUACAGUAAUUUUGACAUUUUAAGAGAUGAACUAGAAGUCGUUUUGAAAGAUGUCCUUCAGGAGCCCAAAACUGAAGAUAUCGUAGCAGUGCAGAAAGCAAAAACAUUGUACAGGUCUUGUGUAAACGAAUCUGCUAUUGAUAGCAGAGGCGGAACACCUCUCCUCAGACUGUUACCAGAUAUAUAUGGGUGGCCUGUAGCCACAGAUAAUUGGGAGCAAACAUACGGUCCUUCUUGGACAGCAGAGAAAUCUAUUGCACAAUUGAAUUCUAAAUAUGGGAAAAAAGUCCUUAUUAAUUUUUUUGUUGGCACUGAUGAUAAGAAGUCCAUGGAACAUAUAAUUCAUUUUGACCAACCUCGACUUGGCCUCCCUUCCAGAGACUACUAUGAAUGCACAGGGAUUUACACUGAGGCUUGCACAGCAUAUGUGGAUUUUAUGAUUGCUGUGGCCAAAUUGAUACGUCAGGAAGAGAGACUGCCCAUCAAUGAAAGCCAGAUAACUUUGGAAAUGAAUAGAGUUAUGGAGUUGGAAAAGGAAAUUGCCAAUGCAACAGCUAAACCUGAAGACCGAAAUGAUCCAAUGCUUCUUUACCACAAAAUGACACUGGCCCAGAUGCAAACUAACUUUUCACUUGAGAUAAGUGGAAAGCCAUUCAGCUGGUCAAAUUUCACAAAUGAAAUUAUGUCAACUGUGAAUAUUCAUAUUCCAAAUGAGGAAGAUGUGGUUGUUUAUGCUCCAGAAUAUUUAAGCAAACUUAAGCCCAUUCUUACCAAAUAUUCUGCCAGAGAUCUUCAAAAUUUAAUGUCCUGGCGGUUCAUAAUGGAUCUUGUAAGCAGCCUCAGCCGAACCUACAAGGAGUCCAGAAAUGCUUUCCGCAAGGCCCUUUACGGCACAACAUCGGAAACGGCCACUUGGAGACGCUGUGCGAACUACGUCAACGGGAACAUGGAAAAUGCUGUGGGAAGGCUUUACGUAGAAACCGCAUUUGCUGGAGCCAGUAAACAUGUGGUUGAGGAUUUGAUUGCACAGAUCCGGGAAGUUUUCAUUCAGACUCUAGAUGACCUCACUUGGAUGGACGCUGAGACGAAGAAGAGAGCCGAGGAAAAGGCCUUAGCAAUUAAAGAAAGGAUCGGCUAUCCUGAUGACAUUAUUUCAAAUGAUAACAAACUGAAUAACGAGUACCUCGAGUUGAACUACAAAGAAGAUGAAUACUUCGAGAACAUAAUUCAGAAUUUGAAAUUCGGCCAAAGUAAACAACUAAAGAAACUGCGCGAGAAGGUGGACAAGGAUGAGUGGAUCAGUGGAGCAGCUGUAGUCAAUGCAUUUUAUUCUUCAGGCAGAAAUCAGAUAGUCUUCCCGGCUGGCAUUCUGCAGCCCCCCUUCUUUAGCGCCCAGCAGUCCAACUCAUUGAACUUUGGGGGCAUCGGCAUGGUCAUAGGACAUGAAAUCACCCAUGGCUUCGAUGACAAUGGAAGAAAUUUUAACAAGGAUGGUGACCUCAUUGACUGGUGGACUCAACAAUCUGCAAAUAAUUUUAAAGAGCAAUCUCAAUGCAUGGUGUACCAGUAUGGAAACUUUUCCUGGGACCUGGCAGGUGGACAGCACCUCAAUGGAAUUAAUACGCUGGGAGAAAACAUUGCUGACAAUGGAGGUAUUGGCCAAGCAUACAGAGCAUAUCAGAAUUAUGUUAAAAAGCACGGUGAAGAAAAAUUACUUCCUGGACUUAACCUGAAUCACAAACAACUGUUUUUCUUGAACUUUGCCCAGGUAUGGUGUGGGACCUACAGGCCAGAAUAUGCAGUCAACUCCAUUAAAACAGAUGUGCACAGUCCAGGCAAUUUCAGGAUUAUUGGGACUUUGCAAAAUUCUGCCGAGUUUUCAGAAGCCUUUCACUGCCGCAAGAAUUCAUACAUGAAUCCAGAAAAGAAAUGCCGGGUUUGGUGAUCUCAGAAGAAGCAGCAGCAGCACAGCCUUGGCCAAAUUUGCCAACAUCACAGGGAUGGGAAACUCUAGUUGGGGAGAAAAUGGGCCCUGGGAGUCACUGAAGUGUCCUGGGGGGACUUCACAGAGAUGAGAGCAUCAUCAUGCAGGUGAAAUUAGGCUAUUCUAGAAAAGAAAGGCUGUGAAGGCAGCAAGGGGGUCUAAGGUCUAUUCAAUCACUUCUCACUGUGUAAAUAACGCUUAAUCUCUACGGAUAAUAUUACCCUUCGUUUCUGUUUC